AUGCCAUCUUCUAACUCGCUUCUCGAUUUCGUCCGCAUCUCCAGUGGCAUUCAACCAACGGACGUGCAACAGCCUCGCUCCGUCCUUGCCACCCGAAGUCAGUGUCUUUCAGGCGGCGGGAAACACCAACACAUGAAUGUCCAUUCCUUUUGGUCUGUGUGCGCAUACGCCUGCGUACGUGUAGUCAUGUUGCCUCAAUUCGUAUGCAAAACAAUUAGCCUGAUUGCCUCGUUCAGCCGCAAGACCAGACGAUCCCAUCAGCCGGUGGACAGACCAGUCGGCCUCUUCUUCUGUGGCACCUCAAGCGCCUGUCUGUCUCCAAAUGCCUCGGCCAGCGGUUUUGUACGUAGAGCCAAAUCUGCAGAAGAACUAAGCCCCGGUAAUCCAGUUGCUGGUAUCACUGGAGCAGUCUAG